GAGCUAGCAGCGUGAAAGAAGAGCUAAAAAUGUUGUAAAUAGCUGUGUAUAUAUAGAUGUAUAUAGCUACCUUUAUAUUUUUGUGCAGUUAAAAGCCAAAUUCAGCAUAGUCAAAUAAAUGGAUUGGAGACAAAAAAUAAAUAGCUAGUAAAUUUUAUCGUAUUUUCCAUGUUUUAAUUUGCAAAAGUUUUGUUAUUGUUUUGUCUUGUUUUUGAUGGUCAUUUAACUAUAGCUAUAUUUCUCAAUAGUUUUAUAAAAAGAAAAUGGAUUCGGAUAAUUUAUCAUUGAAUAUAGAUUAUGUUGCCAGUAGUGGAGUGGUGCUCAGUGUAGAACAAAAAGCUGCUCUUUACUCUUCACUUGUCAUAUUGAAAAGUCAACAAAAGUUUCAGAAGGUUCAAUUUGUUGGCAAAGUACUUGGUACUCGAAACGAUUAUUUUCUUGUUCAAGGUGUUGGGAAAGAUGAACUUAAGGAUAGAAAGACACUAUAUAGUCUUGAUUGUGUAAAAUGGGGGUUAAUGUCUUCACCAAAUGAGGAAACUCGCCGCAAAUGUAUGUUAAUCAAAGGUCGUUUUAUUGGAGAUCCAUCUCACGAAUAUGAACAUCCCGAAAAAAACCCUGAUGAUGAUGAAGGAAAAGACGAAGAAAGUGCUGCUAUUAUGGUAAAGGAAGAAGACAGGCUUGCAGUAACAAUCCAAAACAUAUUUCAAGAUGUUGCUAUUGUUCCACGAGGUGCAUAUGUCAGAACAGCAGUAGGUGAAGUACACACCAACCGCACAUUUGAAGGAUUGUCUCCAGCUGAAGCUACGCGUCUAUCUUCCUAUUAUCACUUCAGGGAACCAGUAUUACUGCAUGAAAAAUCUCUUUUGGAAAAGGCUGAUUUAGACAAAGCUACUGACUUUCUUGAUCCAAUCGAAACUGAUAUACCACAGGGAGGUUCUUGGAGUGUGCAAUCAGAAAGAGGUGGUGGUGUUGUUGUGUUGAGAAGUCUUCAUUGGUUAGGCUAUACUUUCUAUCAUGUACCAAACACAAGUAAUUUUGGAUACGUGUAUGUUGGGACUGGUGAAAAAAAUCUGGACUUGCCCUUCAUGUUGUAAUAGCUACGAUUUUUAAUGGUUGAUGUACAUACUAUAUAGAGAUUAAUAUAUUAAUAAUAUUAUAUUAAUAUAUUCCCCUUACGAAAUAGAACGGAAUGCUUUUUGGUGAUCCCUGUGGGCUUUUACCAGUUUUUUGAUGCAGUUUGAGUUUGUUAUUUCGUACUUGCUGUAAACAUAACUUGCAACGAGACCAAGUAGCUAUAUGUUUAUUUUUGUGAAUGGUUUAUGUUCACUAUGUUGAGAUUGUGUAAGUGGAAUAUUUUUAAUGCCAGACAAGUGAUCUGUAAUUUUUGACUAUGUUUAUGAACAAGAUUAAGAAAAUUCUGUUACAUAUUAAAAAGUGUUAUAUUAUAACAUACUGUUACUGUACACUUGCAAAAUUGUUCUAUUUUAUUUUCGAAUGUGAAAAUAUUUUUGA